AUGGCAACGUUUAUUUCAGUCCCGCUGAAAAAAUCUUCUGAAGUGGAUCUGGUGAAGCCCCUGUCGAAAUUUGUAACGGCCACAUACUCAGCGGGCGAGGAGCAAGGGGAGUAUAUCCGCGCCGUGGAGGAGUUGAACAAGCUCCGCAAAAACGCGCUGGGAAGGCCGCUGGACAAACAUGAGAGCUCCCUGGAGAUUCUCCUCAGAUACUAUGACCAACUGUGUGCUGUCGAGCCCAAGUUUCCCUUCUCUGAAAACCAGCUCUGCUUAACCUUCACAUGGAAGGAUGCCUUUGAUAAAGGAUCGCUGUUUGGGGGCUCAGUCAAACUUGCUUUGGCCAGUUUGGGUUACGAGAAGACGUGUGUGUUGUUUAACGCAGCAGCCCUGGCCAGUCAGAUUGCCUCAGAGCAGAACCUUGACAAUGACGAGGGACUGAAGGCUGCGGCCAAAUACUAUCAGCUGGCCAGCGGAGCAUUUGGUCACAUUAAGGACACAGUGCUGUCUGCGCUGAACAGGGAGCCCACCAUGGACGUCUCCCCUGAGACUGUAGGCACCCUGAGUCUCAUCAUGUUGGCCCAGGCCCAGGAGGUCUUCUUCCUCAAAGCUACUUCAGACAGGAUGAAAGAUGCUGUCAUUGCAAAGCUGGCCAAUCAGGCAGCAGAUUUCUAUGGUGACGCCUUCAAGCAGUGCCAGUACAAGGACAACCUUCCCAAGUAUUUUUAUUUUCAGGAAGUGCUGCCGGUGCUGGCGGCCAAGCACUGCAUCAUGCAGGCCAACGCCGAGCUGCACCAGAGCAUCCUGGCCAAGCAGAAGAAGCGCUUUGGAGAGGAGAUUGCUCGCUUGCAGCAUGCAGCAGAGCUGGUGAAGACGGUGGCCUCUCGUUACGACGAGUAUGUGAGCGUUAAGGACCUGAGUGACAAGAUCAACCGAGCCCUCACUGCAGCCAAAAAAGACAACGACUUUAUCUACCAUGACCGCGUUCCUGAAGUCAAGGAUCUGGAGCAUAUCGGCAAGGCAGCGCUGGUCAAAGCCACUGCCAUCACACCUCCACUCAGCCAGAAAUUCACAGACUUGUUUGAGAAGAUGGUUCCCAUGGCGGUGCAGCAGUCCAUGAGCAUUUACAACCAGAGGAAGGCUGAGACUGUUAACAGACUGGUGGGAUCGAUGAGAGAGGCCACCAAUCUCUGCAAUGGGGUGUUGGCAUCACUGAACCUGCCGGCUGCUCUGGAGGAUCUGUCAGGAGACUCUAUCCCACAAUCCAUCGCUGAGAAGGCCAGAGCCAUCGUGCAGCAAGGAGGACUGCAGAGCAUUGAGCAGCUAAUCAAAGACCUGCCUGAGCUUCUGACUCGCAACAGAGAGAUCCUGGACGAGUCUCUGAAGAUGCUGGACGAUGAAGAGACAACAGACAAUGAGCUGAGAACCAAAUUCAACCAGCGCUGGAACAGAACCCCCUCUAGAGACCUGUAUAAGCCCCUUCGCGAAGAGGGUGCUAACUUCCGCAACAUCUUGGACAAAGCUGUACAGGCCGACCAGGUAGUGAGGGACCGCUACAGCGCCCACUGUGACAUGAUCGUCUUGCUGUGUAAACCAGAGGACGAGCUCAAUGCUGCGAUCCCCUCUGCCAACCCGACCAAAACACUACAGGGCAGCGAGGUGGUGAACGUGCUGCGCUCCCAGCUCACCAAGCUGGACGAGAUGAAGAAGGAGAGGGAGACCCUGGAAGGAGAGAUCAAGGCCGUGACCUUUGACAUGUCUACCGCCUUCCUCACGGCGCUCGCCCAGGACGGGGCCAUCAAUGAGGAGCAGCUGUCACUCUCCCAGCUCGACCAGCUGUAUGGUGCCUACAACCAGAGGGUACAGGCCACCCUCCGUACACAGGAAGAGCUGCUGGGACAGGUUCAGACAUCCCAUCAGGAGUUCAGCACUCUGAAGCAGUCCAACACAGAGGCCAACCAGAGGGAGGAGGUCCUGAAGAAGCUGGCUUCAGCCCACGACAGUUACGUUGAGAUCAGCAACAACCUGCGCGAAGGCACCAAGUUCUACAACGACUUGACAGAAAUCCUGCUUAAGUUCCAGAACAAAUGCAGCGACAUUGUUUUCGCUCGCAAGACAGAACGGGAUGAACUACUUAAGGAGCUGCAGCAGAGCAUCGCCCGAGAGCCCAGUGCUCCAUCCUUCAACGUUCCCGCCUAUCAGAGCAACCCCACGGCCGGCCCAACCCCUGCACCCAGGACCGUAUUUCCUCAGCAGCCUCAACAAGCCCAGCAGCAGCCCCUGGCGAAGCCCCAGCCCCCAGCCAGGCCUCCUCCUCCCAACCUCACUCCUCAGGCAGCGUCCACCACUCCCACCAACACACCACCCGCUGGCCUUGCCACCAACAACCCACCACCUGUGGCCCCACCCUCCCAGGCCCAGGGACCACCUUACCCCACUUAUCAGGGCUACCCAGGAUACUUCCAGAUGCCAAUGGGCUACAACCCUUAUGCUUAUGGCCAAUACAACAUGCCCAACAUGCCCAACAUGCCCAACAUGCCCUACAUGCCCUACCAGGCGACUCCAGGACAGGCAGGAUACCCAGGAGCCCCUCCUGCCGGACAGCCGUACCCUGGCUACCCCCAGCAACCGCCACAGCAGCAGCCCUACUACCCUCAGCAAUAACUCUCUUCUCCAUCCCCUCAUUCCUCUUCUCACACCAAAUAAAAAAAUACGCCCAGCAAUAACACUUUACCCCCAUCAGCUCCCUUUCCUCUCAUCCUUUGUUUGUUUUUUUUCUCACAAUCUGCAGCUGUAGAAACCCAAGUUGACUGGUGACCUCUGAGCUGCUUUGCACUUCACCCUAAGACCUUUUAUUUCUUGCUAUGCUUUAUUUAAUCUCUCCCCAAGGUUUUCUUUUCCACCCCACCAUUCCUUUUUAUUCCAUCUCGAGGUUUUCUGGGCUCUGACAGCACUUUUCCUAAACCAUCUCAACUUUCAUCAAUGCACUAACCCCCUCCUCUUGCCUCCAUGAUUAUUUUUUAUGUACUCAUUUCUAAUGGUUUUGUUAAUUGUUUAAUUUAAGCACUAACUGCUUUUCAUUAAUGACUGACUCUUUGCCUGGGCUGGACUGCUGUAUAACACUCAUGGAGGCACAUGGGACACCAGGAUGGCUCUCCUGGUUUGGGAGUGUGUGUUGGAUGGUUGGAUGGGUGGUCAUUACAAGUCAUGCCACUGAUUGGAGGGCGCAGCCACAUCCUCACUCCCCCAGUCAAUCAAGCCCCUGUGCUUCUAUAUCAACUAUAUUCCUAUUUUUGUAAUGAGCACCGAUGCCCUGCUCAUGUAUAAACCUAUAAAAAGGAAUGGCCUGUAGGUUUUCUAAUGUAGAUGAUGACUGUUGAGAGUUCUGCUCUCUUUCGCUCUUUUCUCUCUCACCCAGGGAAUGUGGGUAUAUUUCUGUGAUGCAAUCAGAGGCUGUACAAGUGGAAGAAAUUCUAUUAUAUAAAUAUAUGUAUAAAUAAGACUGUGUGUGGUUAACUGAGACACUCUGUGCUGCACUCUCAUGCCCUUUGUGUUUAUUUUUAUUCCUCAGCUCUAAUGUGAUUAAAAACAACAACUGCC